AUGCCGUACGUUCUGUGCCUGGGCUCAGUGACCAUGAGGUCCUCAUGUCGUUCAUGCUUCAGAAAGGCGAGCGCCUUGUCCCUGGCGAGGAGGUCGACCGAGUCUUUUCAUUGCCCGGUGCUGGCUCCUGCGAAUCCGGCAGCACCUGCACCCGGUGCCGUGGGCAAUCAAUGGAAUCCACAGUCGCUGCUAGGCCUCAUGGUGGAUGAACUUCUGCUGUGCAUGACGCUGCCUCGGCUUAUGAGGCCGGCUGCGAAGGUCUUCCAUGAGCCCGCAAUUUGGAAUGAACCCACGAAUGCCAACGCGAAAUGCACAAACGAUGAGCUCGAGACGAGCUGGCCGUGA